AUGCCAUUUGAGGUUCGCUUCUGCUGGGGCUCCCGCAUGGGUACCACACUAUGGACCAGGUGGCCGGUUCCCCAUCUAGCCCACGGUUCCCUGAUUGCGACAUGGAUUCUCCUGCUAUGGAAAUUAAGUGUUCGAACGGGCCGCUCGUAUGACCGUCUGUAUGGGUGUUCGCGCUCGGCUUUGUCGUUGUCUCCAGCGGCACAGCUCGCAUUGCAACUGCGCCCUGGGGAAUCCACAUUUUGUCUCCCGCCUUUGUCAAACGGACAUUGUAUUGUGCCGUGUGGUUUUGGCAAAAUUCCCAAGUUGGGCCAGUCAAACAAUAUGGAUCAUGGAAUGGCAUGGGACGUGGAUGGAAGGCGGUCGGGCUCCUCAGCCGGCCGCAAGCCGCCUAUCGUUCUCGCCAUCCCCCCCAUUUACGUGUCGAUAUAA